UGUUGUUUGGUUUGAUUUAAAGGAACAAAAAAAAAAAAAAGAAAAAGAAAAAUCUAAACAUGGAAUUUGAUCGCGCGAUAGAUUACUCCAAUCACAAAUACUACAGUUGUUUUCGUGUUGAUAAUUUCAUCGCUGCUUUAUUCUUGUUAAUUCAGCCCUGGAUCUCAAUUUUCCCCUUUAUUCCUCUUUCCCCAAUUAUUUUUUCACGUCCGCAUUUGCAAUCGCACCCUUAUUUACAAAUUAAUUUUAUUGGUAUAUGUACAUCACUCGCGCGUCAAAUUCCUCUCAUUUGUUGUGUUUUUCGAUAACGUCGUUAUCUCGAAACAAUUUUUUGGGGGAAUUUUUGGGCUGCUAGGGUUUGUGGGCAGCCGAUUGAUCUGUAAUGGAGGCGGGUUCUGAAGAAGAAAAUAAUAUGAACAUGGACCAGAUACCGCCACCGGCGGCGGCGGCGGCGGCCUCUAAGAGGCCUAAGCGUCAGAUGAAGACGCCCUUUCAAUUGGAAGUGCUUGAGAAAGCCUAUGCAACCGAUAUGUAUCCAUCGGAGGCGGCUCGUGCAGUUCUGUCAAAGAAAUUAGAUCUAACGGACCGGCAGUUGCAGAUGUGGUUUUGCCAUCGAAGAUUGAAGAAUAAGAAGGAUUCCGUAGGCAUGGCAGCCACAAAACCUGACACAGCUGGCUCGGUUCAGAGGACAGGUGUCAAUCACUCAUCCAGAGAGGAAUUGAUGGCUUCUGAUCCUGGCAGCAGACAUGGCUCUGAUUCUAGGUCUGGCAAGCAAGACUCUGGCUCGGGAUCAGGAUCGGAUUCUGGUUCCAGCCAGUUCAAUAAUGGAGACGGUAUGCCAACAAGGUAUUUUGAGUCACAUGGAACAGUCAUGGCGCGUAGGGUGAUAGCUCGUAUGGAGGCUCAGUUGGGAGAGCCAUUAAGGGAGGAUGGACCAAUUCUUGGGGUGGAGUUUGAUGAACUACCCCCUGGUGCAUUUGGUGAACCUACAGUGCGGAUAGAGGAGAAGGACAGAUACAAACAUUCUUAUGAUCGCAAUUUAUAUGGACAAUCGGAUGUGAAGCAUAUGAAAGCUGCAUAUGAUGGCCCUUCUGCAAAAACAAUGUCUAUUAUGCGUGGAAAUGGGCAUGUUCCCAGGGGAUAUGGUGCUGAGAAUCAGGUGUCAAGCAUGGAUAUAGUGUCUCAGUCUGGUAGACAUGUCCAGCCUUCUUCAUCUCCAAGGAAUAUGAACCUUAUGACAAACCACGAAGACAAUCUGCAUUUAGAGAGGAAAAGAAAGAGCGAUGAAGUUGGAAUGGGAAGAGAGGUCCAAGCCCAUGAAAAGAAGAAUCGAAAAGAACUUGAGAAGCAAGAUGUUUUAAGGCGAAAGAAGGAGGAGCAGAUGAAGAAAGAGAUAGAGAGGCAAGACCGUGAAAGACGAAAGGAAGAACAGCGGAUAAUGCGGGAACAGCAGAGGCAGGAAGAGAAAUUUCAGCGUGAAGAAAAACGUGAAAUGGAACGUAGGGAGAAAUUUAUGCAGAAGGAGCUUUUACUCGCUGAGAGGAAGAAACAGAAAGAAGAGCGUUGCAAAGAGAAGGAAGCAGCAAGACAGAAAAUUGCUGCGGAGAGAGCAGCAGCCCGAAGAAUCGCUAAAGAGUCUAUGGAGCUAAUGGAGGAUGAGCGUCUGGAACUAAUGGAAUUGGCUGCUUCAAGCAAGGGAUUGCCUUCGAUUUUGUCUCUUGAUUACGACACUUUGCAAAAUCUCGAUUCCUUCCGAGACGCUUUAUGUGUAUUCCCACCGAAGUCUGUGCAAUUGAAAACUCCUUUCGCUAUUCAACCGUGGAUUGAUUCGGAGGAAAAUGUUGGCAACCUCCUGAUGGUUUGGAAAUUCUGUAUCACUUUUGCUGAUGUUCUUGGGCUUUGGCCUUUUACCCUUGAUGAAUUUGUACAAGCUUUUCACGACUACGAUUCAAGGCUGCUUGGUGAGAUACAUAUUGCUCUUAUAAAAGUAAUUAUAAAAGAUAUUGAAGAUGUUGCAAGGAUGCCUUCUGGUGGACCAGGUACCAAUCAGUAUAAUGCUGUUAAUACCGAAGGUGGACAUCCUCAUAUCGUUGAAGGGGCAUAUUUAUGGGGUUUUGACAUCCAUAGCUGGCAGAAACAUUUAAAUCCAUUGACGUGGCCUGAAAUAUUAAGGCAAUUUUCACUCGCUGCCGGAUUUGGACCACAGCUAAAGAAAAAAGGCAUUUAUCGAGUUGGUGCAAAUGAAAAUGACGAGAGUAAAGGUUGUGAAGACAUUGUAUCCACUCUGCGAAAUGGUUCAGCAGCUGAAAAUGCAGUUGCAAUUAUGCGAGAAAAAGGAGUCUCCUUCCAACGCAGAUCAAGGCACCGGUUGACUCCUGGAACUGUUAAAUUUGCUGCAUAUCACGUUCUUGCUCUUGAAGGAAGCAAAGGGCUAAAUGUUAUUGAGCUCGCAGAGAAGAUUCAGAAAUCUGGGCUUCGUGAUUUUACUACAAGCAAGACCCCAGAGGCUUCUAUAUCUGUUGCCUUGUCAAGGGAUCCAAUACUUUUUGAAAGAAUUGCUCCGUCUACAUAUUGUGUACGCCCGGCUUUUAGAAAGGAUCCAGCUGACACUGAAUCAGUAAUUGCUGAAGCAAAAGAGAAGAUAAGGAAAUAUGCCAAUGGUUUUCUAGCUGGUCAAAAUGCAGAUGAGGAAGAAAGAGACGACGAUUCAGAUGGUGAUGUUACUGAAGCUGUGGAAGCUGAUGUUUUAGCAACUCCAUCUGAUGCAAACAAAAAUAAUGAAAGCAAUGAAGUUGGCUCCUGUUCUGUGAAUGACAAGGACAAAAUUGCUGAUGGCACUCCUCUGCAAGAAGGAACUAUAAGAAUAGAUGUGGAGGGUAGUCCUGAUCAAGAUGUUGAGAUUGAUGUAAGGAAAUCUGGUGAAUCUUGGGUCCAAGGACUCAGUGAAGGAGAAUAUUCCGAUCUAUCUGUUGAGGAGCGUUUGAAAGCCCUUGUCGCCUUAACCGGUAUUGCUAAUGAAGGAAACUCGAUCCGCGUAAAUUUAGAGGAUCGGCAGGGUGCUGCAAGUGCUCUUAAAAAGCAGAUGUGGGCAGAGGCACAACUAGAUAAAAGGCGAAUGACAGAAGAGAUUAAUACUAGAUUGUAUAAUUCAUCUUUCAACGCUGUUCUUGAGGGUGGUCUCAGUCCAUUGGUUAUUGUUGAAAAUAAAUUACAUGAUCCAUCAACGAGCACUUUAGGGAAGGACGGGUCUUCUGUUGUUAUUGAGGAUGUUAAUUGUUCUGUUGAUAAUCGAACUCACGAUACAUCUAUGGAUCAAUUUAUUUCCCAAGCGCAACAGAAUGGUUAUACAACAGAGAGGUCUCGAUUGCAGCUAAAAUCUUAUAUAGGUCAUAUAGCAGAAGAAAUAUAUGUUCACAGGUCCUUGCCUUUGGGUCAAGAUAGAAGGAGAAAUCGUUAUUGGCUCUUUAUAGCUUCGACUUCUAGCCUAGAUCCUGGUUCGGGCAGAAUUUUUGUUGAAUCGCCAGAUGGCCAUUGGAAACUUAUUGAUUCUGUGGAGGCAUUUGAUGCUCUGCUGACAUCGUUGGACACUCGUGGAACUAGAGAAUCUCAUCUGCAUAUAAUGUUGAAGAAGAUUGAGGCAUGCUUCAAAAACUGUGUGCAAAAGAAUCGGUUACUCCAUAGUAUCUCGUAUCAAAAUAGAGACGGGGGCAGAAUAGGAGCUUUGGAAGUAAAUUCGAGCCAUGUUUGUUCAAGUGCCGAGAGUCCUAGGAGUGCAGUCUGCAGUUCAAGUUCCGACGCAUGCGAACCAUCAUUUUCCUUCAGAGUUCAAAUUGGACGAAACGAAACAGAGAAAAAAAACUUCUUGAAGAGGUACGAAGAUCUACAGAUUUGGAUGUGGAAAGAAUGCUUCAGCUCCUCGUUUUUAUGCGGCAUGGCGCAUGAAAAGAAAAGAUGUCCGCCUCUAUUGGGAACUUGUGAUGUCUGCUUUGGUACUUAUGAUGCUAAAAAGGAUCAUUGCCCUUCUUGCCAUGGUAACAAAAGAAGUACUUUAAUAGACGAGAGUUCUACAAUCACUUCAAACUUAUCUCCAGUGAGAAUCGGAUUGAUCAAGGCCCUGCUCACUUUACUCGAGGUAACUGUUCCCUCUGAGGCUCUUCGUUCUUGUUGGACAGAAGAUCUUAGGAAUACAUGGGGAUCAAAAUUGCAGCGUUCUUCAUCCAGCGAGGAUCUUCUACAGAUCCUGACUGAGUUUGAGGGUGCUAUAAAUCGCGAGUACAUUACAGUAGGUUUUGAGACAACAGAAGAACUGCUCUCUUCGUGCGUCUCGUCAAAAGGUGCUGCUUUUGAAUUUAUCGACCUGGGAUCUGUUACUCAGCUUCCUUGGAUACCAAAAACUACUGCUGCUGUGGCUUUGAGGCUUUUGGAGCUCGAUUCAUCAAUCUCGUACACUCCUAAUCAAAUUGCUGACUCUCAAGUGGAACCUCCUCCAAAGUUCACUUUAAAGUACGCUUACACAAAGGACAUCCACAAAGCUGAAACUAUUGAAUUCAGCAGAAGUGGAUUCGUAAAAGAAGAAAACCGAGAUCAUUUCACUCCUCGCAUCUCUGGUAAUAACAGGCAAGUAGUUCGUAAGAAAGGAAGUGGCCGACCAAGCAAGUCGAAGAAAAAAUCCGUGGGUUCAUUAUCAAAAUCUGGCAAAAAACAGAGUAUUGCAGAAGGCGAGUCAUUGGCUCAAACUCUCACACACGGACAAAAGCAUGGAAGGGGUAGAAGAACUGUUAGGAGGAGAAGAACAGAGCAGAAGAAUGUUACGGAAACACUAAACGAAUACUUUGAAGACCAGCCAAUAAAUUCUGGCAAAAAUGAUGGCUCGAUAAAUAAUAUUGUAGUUGAAAAUUACGAGAGUAGUCAUCACAGCAUAGAAGAAUCUGAUGAUAAUGCCAAUGAGAACGUUUACGAGUUUCGAAAAUUGGGUGCUACUAUUCCAAUGGAUGUGAGUGAAGAAGAAGAAGAAGAUGCUGAUCAAAUUGAUGAUGAAAAUGGUUAUAACGAGGAGGAAAUUAAUGAUGAAGGGAACCACCUUAUAGAUGAAGGCUCGGAAUCUGAUGCGUCUGGAGAUUACAGUGACUAAAGUUGCACGAUUUUGAAUUAAUCCGAUAAUCAGAGGUUCGAUUGUUUGACCAAAUAUAUACGAGUAGUGUAGUGAUCUUGCAUUCCUUUUUGUGUUGUAUGAUUCGGCAAUUGACUCGUCUGAGUACCGUGUAACAUUAUAUAGGGGAAGCUUAAAAGGGAAAAAACAAAAAAACAAAAACAAAAACAAAAACAAAUCAAGAGCAGGAAUAAUUUUUAAAUAUUGGCACAGUGUCAAUAUAGAUAUUAACAGGUACAUAUAAUGUAAUUGGGAGAGCAGGAAUAAUUUUUAUUUUAUAUUAACAAACGUU